CCUUUCAUUUCUGGUUUUCUUCUCUUCACUUUCUAAUUUACCGGUACCUAGAUAGCCUGAAUCUCGCGAUGAUUUUUCUCGGAAGAUCCUCAACGUCCCUCAAGCAAUUGUCUCUGAUCCAACGUCUCCAAAUCCGCCAGCUGUCCGUCCCGCCACAAUCUCCAUCCUUUCCUCGGUCCCUGAUCAGUGCCGUAGAUUGUGACAAAGAUUCCGGUUAUGGUUCUCUGAUUACAUGGUUAUCGGGGAUCACAAUCGGCUCCAGCCUGGGGUUACUUUACUGGUCUUAUACCUGUAAUUCAGAUUUUACGAAGCAGUUAUUGACUUUCUCUGACUGUUCAACGUCAACGGUGACCGAUGAAUCUACGGUGCAUAAUGAUCUCAGUUCUUUCGGUAGUUCCUUAUUUCGAAAACUGUCACUGCCUGAUUACAGCUCUACCUUUCUCUUUGGAGAGGCAUUUAGGAGAAAGAUUUUCUUCAAUUAUGAAAAGCGAAUAAGACUGCGAAGUUCUCCAGAGAAGGUCUUUGAGUACUUUGCAUCAGUACGAUCACCAGAAGGAGAAUUACUUAUGACACCAGCAGAUUUAAUGCGAGCAGUUGUUCCUGUUUUCCCUCCAUCUGAAUCCAACUAUGUCAGAGAUGGGUAUUUACGAGGGGAAAGGAGUCCUGGGGAUUUACGCUGCGAUCCUUCAAAAUUUUUUAUGCUCUUUGAUGUGAACAAUGAUGGACAUAUAUCCUUCAAAGAGUACAUCUUUUUUGUAACUCUACUCAGCAUACCAGAAUCACGCUUUUCUGUGGCCUUCAAGAUGUUUGACAUUGACAACAAUGGGGAUAUUAAUAAGGAAGAAUUUAAGAAAGUGAUGGCAUUGAUGCGAAAACAUAACAGACAAGGGGCUCUCCACAGGGAAGGAUUUCGUAUUGGGCUAAAGGUUAAUGGUUCUGUGGAAAAUGGGGGUUUGGUGGAAUAUUUCUUUGGUGAAAAUGGAGAUGCACGUCUAAAACAUGAUAAAUUUGUUGAAUUUUUGGGAAAUUUGCAUGAUGAAAUGCUGAGAUUGGAGUUUGAUCAUUAUGAUUAUAAGUUACGACAAACCAUAUCAGCUGAGGACUUUGCGUUGUCCAUGGUUGCUUCUGCUGAUAUGGGCCACAUAAACAAGUUGCUUAAUCGGGUUGAUCAAUUAAAGAGUGAGCCACAUCUUAGAGAAAUACGCAUUACAUUUGAUGAGUUCAAAAGUUUCGCAGAGCUACGAAGAAAGUUGCAGCCAUUUGCUUUGGCCCUUUUUAGUUAUGGGGAAGUAAAUGGCUUGUUGACCCGGAAGGACUUCCAACGAGCUGCAUCCUAUGUUUGUGGUGUAUCACUCACGGACAAUGUGAUCGAGAUCAUUUUCCAGGUGUUUGACACAAAUCGUGAUGGAAACCUAAGUGCAGAAGAGUUUGUUAGAGUUUUGCACAAACGGGAAAGGGACAUUGCUCAACCUAUGGAGUCAGGAAUCAUGGGAUUUUUAUCUUGCUGUGGGAACUGUGCAAAUAACUGCUCCCUUGCACGAUUCCUAUGUUAAUCCAUUAUGUGUCGGAGUAUAGUCUCAAGAAUUUGCAGUAAUCAGCCUUUUAAUUCUGUGAUUAGGGUUUCUUGUGAGUUGAGGUGGAGCAGUCAACGAGCAAGGAAGUUUUGAAGCUUGACCCAUGAAGAUUUUCUUCUUGCUGCUACAGCAAGAUAAACGACUGACCUACUGCUUCUGCUCUCUGCCAAUCGCUGGGAGAAUCGGAACCUGUUGUACAAUCAAACUGCUAACUUCCUUUUUAGAUGUUGCAGUUGACGAACAUUAGUAUACGUAACAUGUACACGUUGAGGUCGAUACUUAUACCUGUACAUACAUAUAUUUCAAUGAAACAUCUAGACAAUGUCUUGGACAAGUUAGGUUGAUCCACCUCUUUUUUUUUGUAACCCAAUGAGAAUGUUUCAGAAUUGUUCCCAGUGUAUUUUGUAUAUUUAAAAGAUGUAUUUAUGUAUGAGCGUGUGCAUGGUGCCUUUAUGUCAAAUACUUAAGAGAAGCA